GAGCGAGUUGGCCAUCCCCGAGCACAUCGACUCCUCUCACUGCACGCCUCUCUGCUGGCCGCCCACUUGACUCCGAAAACCGAAGCCCAGGCUCACCGUCCCCUCCGAUUCCGCCCCUUGUCGAACGUGGGCGGCCGCCACGGAGUCGGGGAUCUUGAUGCUGAUCAUUUUGGUUAUGGAAGCAAGCCGAUGAGAAGGGUUGGGUUGCAGGUCGUGGUUUCCUUUCAUGUUUUGCACAAGCCAGUAAGGGAUUAAGGCUAAGGAAGCAUACAAGAGAUGCAAUUAUACUGGCAUCAGGAGAAGAAUCUGAGGAGACAUGGAUGAAGCUGAUGCUUAUAAUACUAGAAAUGAAUGUGUCAGAACAUUGGACAAUCAAGGGAUGGCAGAUCCAAAGCUUGCUGACACAAAGAUGUGUAUGUUGAGAUCCCGAAUGAAUUGAUGAGAGCCUCGAGGAGACAAAAGAUGAGGAAGAAAUAGUUUGAAUUUUAUUUUAUUCUAUUUUAUUUUUCUCUUUCUUUUAUUGGUAAUGUUGAUAGAUAGGAAAGAGAGGAUUCGAUCAGGCAAGAGACCGGAUUACUCGGGAUGCUAUGGAGUACACAGUGGAGGAGCGAGUCUACAAGAGGAGGACGAAGGCACCAUCUUUGACCCACGUAAAGAAGCCAAAGAAACAUGGACGUCGUCUUCGAGACAUCCACCGGCAGGUACUUCACCAUCGAGAUUGGCUUCUUCGACACGGUCCUGGAGAUCAAAGAGAAGGUGCAGAAGUAUCAAGGCUACCCCGUCCCCACCCAAAAGCUCGUGUUCCAAGGCCAAGAGCUCGCCGACGACCGCGACACCGAGCACUACAACAUCCUCCAGAACUCCCGCAUCCAUCUCGCGCUUGCAGCAGACGCCGCCGACGGCAAGCUUCCGGAGAGCGGCGAUGGCCGCGCCCGCAUCACCGUGGCCGUGAGCACCCCGACGUCGCGGCGGCAGCUGACGCUCGAGGCCGACGCGGCCGACACCGUGGCUCGCCUCAAGGAGCGUGUCCGCGACCUCAGCGGCGUCCCCCCGAACCGGUUCGUGCUGUUCCACGGCGGCGUCGAGUUGCAGGACCACCGCAGGCUGGCCGACUACGUCGUCGCCGACCACUCGAGGAUGAAUCUGGUGAUGCGGCCGUCGCUGGGCGCCAAGAAGCUGAGGCUGCUGCUGCUGCCGAAGCACGGCGCGAAGACGAUACCAGUGGAGGUGAACGCGUCGGACAACGUGAGCGAGCUGCGGAAGGAGGUGCAGAGACUGCAUGGCGUUCUCAACUUCGAUUUGCCACCCGAAGGCUAUUUCUUCAUCUACAAGCAGAACGCCAUGGAGGAAGAUAAAUCAUUCAGAUGGCAUGAUGUGAGACCAGGUGAUACGAUUGAGAUUUUCCAUGCAAGCGUCAAGGAUUCACCUUGAUGGAUGCGUUUGUUUCAUCAUCCAUAUGCCCAAAAUAUAUUAUGACAAUAUGAUAUCAAUAUGUAAAUUUUGCUAAUAA